UUUUAUCUUAAUGGGAUGCACAAGCCUGGUGAUGUGAUUCUGGGUGGGCUGUUUGAAGUCCACUACACCUCUGUCUUCCCUGAGCUGACAUUUACCUCAGAGCCACAUCAGCUCACCUGUCAAGGGUUUGACAUUCCAGGGUUCAGGCAUGCCAUGACUAUGGCCUUUGCUAUUGAUGAGAUCAACAGAAACUCCAACCUGCUACCUAAUGUGACUCUAGGAUACAGUCUUUAUGACAACUGUGCCACACUUGUAAUUGGAUUCAGCGCUGCUUUGUCACUGGCCAGUGGUCGAGAGGAGCAGUUUCUGCUUCAGGAGACCUGUUUUGGGACCCCUCCAGUACUGGGGAUUGUGGGUGAUUCUUUCUCAACAUUUUCUAUCGCCACCUCUGAUGUGAUAGGUUUAUUCAAAUUGCCCAUUGUGAGUUAUUUUGCCACAUGUUCCUGCCUGAGUGAUCGGCAACGGUUCCCCUCCUUCUUUAGAACAAUCCCAAGUGAUGCAUUCCAGGUGCGAGCUAUGAUUCAGAUUCUAAAGCACUUCAGCUGGACCUGGGCAGGUCUGCUGGUCAGUGAUGAUGACUAUGGACUCCAUGUUGCACGAUCCUUACAAUCUGACCUUGCUGAGUCUGGUGGAGGUUGUCUGGCCUAUUUGGAAGUUUUGCCCUGGGGUGACAACUCAGUUGAAUUUAGGAGGAUUGUGGAAGUGAUGAAGAAAUCCACAGCUCGUGUGGUCAUCGUGUUUGCACAUCGGAUCCAUAUGAUUCAACUAAUGGAAGAGGUGGUAAAGCAGAAUGUGACAGGCCUGCAGUGGCUCGCCAGUGAAGCCUGGACAACAACUGCUGUGCUGCAGACACCCCACCUCAUGCCGUACCUGAGUGGCACACUAGGAAUUGCCAUUCGCAGAGGAAAAAUACCAGGCCUCAGGGAUUUCCUACUGAGAAUACGUCCUGACCUACACCACAACAACAGCAAUGGAAAUAACAUGGUGAGGCAGUUUUGGGAACACACAUUUCAGUGUAGAUUCGCACCACCUCCAGCAGAUAAGGUGGAAGCUGGGGGAGCAUUAUGCAAUGGAGAUGAAGACAUAGAGAAUGUGGAGACUGAGUUAUUGGAUGUCUCUGACCUCAGACCUGAGUACAAUAUUUACAAGGCAGUGUAUGCCCUAGCAUAUGCCCUUGAUGACAUGCUGCAGUGUGUGCCAGGCAGAGGGCCUUUCAGUGGACGCAGCUGUGCCACUCUACAAAGACUGGAGCCAUGGCAGCUUAUGUAUUACUUGGAAAAGGUCAACUUUACCACAUCAUUUGGUGAUCAAGUGUCAUUUGAUGAGAAUGGUGAUGCCUUACCAAUCUAUGAUAUCAUGAAUUGGCUGUGGCUCCCUGAUGGACGAACAAAAGUUCAGAGUGUGGGUGUGGUUAAGAAGUCAGCCUUCAAAGGUGAAGAGCUCAAACUGGAUGAGGACAGAAUCUACUGGAACUUUGACUCCAAACAGCCACCCAGGUCAAUUUGCAGUGAGAGCUGCCCUCCGGGUACCCGCAUGGCCAGAAAGAAGGGGCAGCCUGUGUGCUGUUUUGACUGCAUCCCUUGUUCUGAAGGAAAGUUCAGCAAUGAAACAGAUUCCAUGGAGUGCAAAAGUUGUCCGGAGGAUUUCUGGUCCAGCCCCCAGCGUGACCACUGUGUUCCUAAGAAAACAGAGUUCCUCUCCUACCAUGAGCCCCUGGGUAUCUGUUUGACAACAGCCUCAUUGCUGGGCACAUUUAUCUGUGCUUUUGUCCUGGCGAUCUUCAUCUAUCAUCGCAGCACACCUGUGGUACGCGCCAACAAUUCAGAACUGAGUUUCCUGCUCCUAAUCUCACUUAAACUAUGUUUUCUGUGUUCACUGCUGUUCAUCGGCCGUCCCAGACUAUGGACAUGCCAACUGAGACAUGCAGCAUUUGGGAUCAGCUUUGUUCUUUGUGUCUCAUGUAUCUUGGUUAAAACAAUGGUUGUUGUGGCUGUUUUCAAGGCCUCCAGACCAAGAGGUGGAGCCAGUCUGAAAUGGUUUGGUGCUGUGCAGCAGAGAGGGACAGUUCUGGCCCUUAUAUCUAUCCAAGCAGCAAUCUGCACUGCUUGGCUUGUAUCUUCCUCACCCACUCCUCAUAAAAAUAAUCAAUAUCACAAUGACAAGAUAGUGUAUGAGUGUGUAGUCGGGUCUACAAUUUGGUUUGCAGUGUUACUUGGUUAUAUUGGCAUACUGGCAAUCCUUAGCUUUCUGCUAGCAUUUCUGGCAAGGAAUCUUCCAGACAACUUCAAUGAAGCUAAGUUCAUCACUUUCAGCAUGUUGAUCUUCUGUGCCGUGUGGGUAGCCUUUGUCCCUGCUUAUGUCAACUCACCAGGCAAAUAUGCAGAUGCAGUGGAGGUAUUUGCCAUCUUGGCCUCCAGUUUUGGUCUCUUGGUGGCACUGUUUGGACCCAAAUGUUACAUAAUCCUGUUGAGACCAGAGAGAAACACAAAGAAAGCACUCAUGGGUCGAGGUACCACCAAGACAUAA